AAAACCCGGAUAGUUGUGAAAAUAAAUAUCGAGUUCAUCCGUUGGUAUCGACAUUUGUCUCGAUCCACACACCCCGGAUUAUUAUUGGUUGACACGAGCCUGUAUUUGUUGCUAUCCGCGUUGCUACUGAAGUGUUGAUCAUAAUCAUAAUCAUCAGAAUAUUUCGCACGUGCCUUUCUUCGUAUUUGACAGCAUUUUUCCCGCGGCGACCUCGUGAGGUGGGAGUGGCUACCGUGCAGCAAUCUUCCAUCCCACCAAGCAGAUGUCAUUUCACGCUGGAGGAGGAAGACACUAAAGAACGGAGCAGCCUCCGCCGUUCAUGCUUGAAUUGUGUUGUUUUUGUCAUGUCGGCCUCCGCCUCCUCCCGCCCUCCGAAGGAAUGUUUUUAAAAAUAGCACCCUCGUCUCUCUGAGCUCCGGUGGAUCGGCGUCGCACUGUGCUGCGAGGAGCGGGGAUGCCAACAUGGCUGCAGACCUGGGAGAGCUGCUGGUGCCGUACAUGCCCACCGUCAGAGUCCCGAAGACCGGAGACAGGGUUUUCAAGAGCGAGUGCGCCUUCUCCUUCGACUCUCCGGAAUCGGAGGGGGGGCUGUACGUGUGCAUGAACACGUUCCUGGGCUUCGGACGGGAACACGUGGAGCGGCACUACCGCAAAACGGGCCAGAGUGUUUACAUGCACCUCAAACGACACGUCAAAGAAAAAGCCACGGGGGCCGCAGGGGGCGCCACCCCCAGGCGACGGGACGGGAAAGUCUUUUUGGAUUUGGAGCUAAACCGCGACUUUAACGGCGAGGACUACGAGUACGAGGAUGAGGCCAAGCUGGUGAUCUUUCCAGACCACUUUGAGAUCCCUCUGCCGAACAUCGAGGAGUUACCGGCUCUGGUGACGAUCGCCUGUGACGCGGUGCUGAACGCGCCGUCCGCUUACAAGAAGCAGGAGCCCGAAUCCUGGGAGGAAGAGAUCCAGGUGUCCCGACACGCCAGGAGCCUCAGACAGCUGGACAACGGGGUCCGGAUCCCCCCCAGCGGCUGGAAGUGUCAGAAGUGCGAGAUGAGAGACAACCUGUGGCUGAACCUGACGGACGGUGCGGUGCUCUGCGGGAAGUGGUUCUUUGACGGGAGCGGCGGGAACGGCCACGCCCUGGACCACUACAAAGAGACCAGCCACCCCCUGGCGGUCAAACUGGACACCAUCACCCCAGAUGGAGCAGAUGUUUAUUCGUUUGAGGAAGAGGAAGCCGUCCUGGACCCGCACGUAUCGGAGCACCUGUCCCACUUUGGAAUCGACAUGCUGCAGAUGCAGAAAAGAACAGAGAACGGCCACCGCACCGACAACAACGCCCGGCCACGGGUCAGCGAGUGGGAGGUGAUCCAGGAGUCGGGCAUGAAACUGAAAGCGGUGUACGGUUCCGGCUACACGGGCAUCAAAAACCUCGGCAACAGCUGCUACCUCAGCACGGUCAUGCAGGUCCUCUUCAGCAUCCCCGACUUCCAGAGGAUGUACGUCGGGAACCUGCAGAGGAUAUUUGACUAUUCACCCCUCGACCCGUCACAGGACUUUGCCACACAAAUGGCUAAACUGGGCCACGGGCUCCUGUCAGGCCAGUACUCCAAACCGCCCAUGAAAUGCGAGCUGAUUGAACAGGUGAUGAAAGAAGAAUCCAAGGUAUUAAACGGGCACCAACAAAAAGGAAUUUCCCCCCGGAUGUUGAAGGCCCUGGUCAGCCGGGGACACCCGGAGUUUUCCUCCAACAGACAACAAGAUGCCCACGAGUUCUUCCUGCAUAUGAUCAACCUGGUGGAGAGGAACAGCACAAGCUCAGAGAAUCCAAGCGACGCCUUCCGCUUCCUCGUGGAGGAGCGAGUCCAGUGCUGCCAGACGCGCCGGGUCCGCUACUCUCAAAGAGUGGACUACUGCAUCCAGCUGCCUGCCCCCAUCGAGGCCGCCACCAAUCGAGAGGAGCUUUUAGCUUAUGAGGCCAAGCGGAGGGAAGCGGAGGAGAACAUGAGAGCUCCUCCAGAGCCGGUCAGAGCUCGCAUCCCCUUCACUGCCUGCCUGCAGGCCUUCACCGAACCCGAGAAUGUACCCGACUUCUGGAGCUCGGCUCUGCAGGCCAAGUCAGCAGGAGUCAAGACGUCACGUUUCGCCUCGUUCCCGGAGUACCUGGUGGUCCAAAUCAAGAAAUUCACAUUUGGAGUUGACUGGGUGCCCAAGAAACUAGAUUUAGCCAUAGAUGUUCCAGACUUCCUUGAUCUGAGUCGGCUGCGAGCCACCGGACUGCAGGCGGGAGAAGAGGAGCUCCCUGACCUCAUGCCGCCCGUUGUGCUGCCUGAGGACACUCGAGAUAACUCCAUGAGCUCCUUAGAUUCUCCGGAAAUAGAUGAGGCAGCAGUAAUGCAGCUGGCAGAGAUGGGCUUCCCGCUGGAGGCCUGCAGGAAGGCAGUCUAUUACACGGGCAACAUGGGCCCAGAGAUGGCCUUCAACUGGAUCAUCGCCCACAUGGAGGAGCCCGACUUUGCAGAACCUCUCCAUCUCCCCUCCACGCUGGACCCGGGCCCCUCCACCAGCGACGCCCCAGCCCCGCUGGACAACUCACCCCCCGAGGAGAGCAUCGCCAUCCUGACCUCAAUGGGCUUCCCUCGCACGCGCAGCGUCCGCGCGCUCAAAGCUACGAACAACAAUCUGGAGCGAGCGCUGGACUGGAUCUUCACCCACCCGGAGGAGGACGAGAGCGACGCGCUUUCCAACAUGGCUGACACGGAGCCCAAUGACAACGCUUUCUCCAAUGCCGACUCGCACACCGACUCCACGCUGUCCCCGGACCGGGACGCGUCGGGCCCGCGGGUCAAAGACGGACCGGGACGUUACGAGCUGUUCGCUGUCAUCAGCCACAUGGGCGCGUCCACCAUGUGUGGGCAUUACGUUUGCCACAUUAAGAAGGAGGGAAGGUGGGUGAUCUACAACGACCACAAGGUGUGUUUAUCAGAACGACCUCCAAGAGACUUGGGCUACAUCUACUUUUACCAUCGACUGGCCAGCAGUUAAACCCGUCCUCAAGCCCCGCCCCCCCAUGAACCACUGUCUUUUCACCUGGGAGACUGGCUCCCAGCAGCAGCCCCCCCCCCCCAGUCAGACCAUCUGCCUGCCUUGCCCACGAGGUCCGUGAGGAGCAAGUCUGGUCCCAAAGGAAAGCGAUGUGCUUUAUUUGCUGUUUGCUUGUGUUUCUAUGCUUUACUUCAAUGUGUGCACGUGCGCGUGCGCGUGCACUGGGACGUGUGCAAUUUCUGGCGUGUUCUGCCCACAAAGCGACCCAACGUGUCUGAUGGUUAUCCCUCUUGUAGGCCUUCAGGUACGUCCUGUGAAUGUGAGGUUCAUCAUGAGUCAGCCCGGCACUGCCAGUGCUGUCACACAACACAACUGCUUCAUUUACACUUUAUUUCCCUUUAGGAGGAUUUUUUUCCCCCAUUUUUGGGAAAUAAAAAAAUAAAUAAAAAUCCUAAUAAAAUCCUAAUAAUACUAGUAAAUAUUUUGACUUUUGAUAAAGUCAUGAAUGUAAGAACAUUUCAGCCUGAGGGAGAAGCUGCUUUUAUUUUUUGUUGCCUUUUUUUGGGCCGCAUCAUCGCUCAACCCCGACCCACUUGCACCUGGAAGACUUUUCACAACUGAAGUAUUUUCCUUCACUCAAAGCACUUUUUUUGCACCUCGUUCUAACCGCAGCCAGAAGGAAGUUCAUCACAACCAAGUAUAUCAUUUCUAAAUAUGAAUAUAUUCUAAUAUAUUCAUGUUAUACUUAUAUAUAUAUAUAUAUAUAUAUAUAUAUGGAAGUAUAUCAUUUAUGGAGCUAAUACGUCACACCACUGUAUGCACACUGGAGAAGCAGCGGUGCAAUCAAACUCUUCUCCUCCUGAACCGCAGCACACAAAACAAGGAAGCUUGGUGACAACAUGCACCCCUGCUGUGUCUCCUGUGCUAUUAUUUAUCUGACAGAUACUCCACACAGGGGCGCUGUUGUUAACCCCCAUACGUCAGACUGACUGAACAUUUGCAAACCCCCCCCCACUGCAACUUUUUUGUGUUUUGUCGUAUCUUUGUAAAAUUUGGUACGCACCUUCAGGGCCCCGAGAGGCACGUGUUUCCAAUUUGAGCAAGAUCGGUUGAAAAACACGGCAGCCAUCGAGCAAAACAUCGUACUUAAGUCGCCACUGAAGGUCCAUUUGUGUGGCGACCAUAUCUCCUUGGCCGUGAAUGCUAGGACGUCCUCCACAGCAUUCUCAGCACCACCCGCGGGGGGGCGCCACACGUGUCAUUUGCAGUCAUGUGGGAAAAAAAAAAGUGCUCGCUACUUCAUUUGGACUCUCUUACUGCUACAGUACAACAUCAGUCUGAUGGCCGACAGCGAAGAAGAAUGCUUCUCCCACCUGGAACUACUUUGCUUGAUCUCAGACAUGCAAACAGUCUGUUUUGUGCAACCAACACCCCCAGCAUGGCGACGGCCUGCGUAUGAAGCCUGAAUGAAUGUGAACUGCUGCCCACGGUGCUGAAACCCUUCAAAGUUUCCUCAAUUAGUGGCCUCCGGUCCGCUUGACGCCACGUCCCAAUUGAGGCGUGUAGCAAUAAACUGUGUAGUAAAGGCCUCCCUCUCUAAUGAAGGCCUUACCCCCAACAACCCCACGCCUGCUACUACGAAGUGUGAGGAACUAUGCCAGGAAAUGCGGUACUUUUCCGAAAGGGGAGUUCUGCAGGGCUCAUGUUCAAGUCCCUUCUUGGCCAGCCCAGUCAUGCAGGGGCCUCAAACUCACACUAACUACAAUCACAACUACUGCUACUUAAUAAACAACAACUACGUCACCUCAAACAAGUACAGCCAUCGCUCGCCAUGUCGCACUAACCAUUUCUUAUAUGUCUUAUUUCCUCUUAUUAUGUCUACUCUAAGCCUUUAACUUGGGCAACUUCACAAAACAAGUGCCGCAAAGCAUGCUGGGAAGCAUGGAAGCACUCCCAGCAUGCUUUAAACUGAAUUCCCAUCAAGUAGGAUGGAAUAUUUUGGUAGUUGGAGCAUAGAAAACCAGUUUACACUCCUAUCUUAUCAUGUCUCCUAUAUUGGGCAGUAGGAGUGUAAAGGUGACUAUGGGGGUGUUAUUUCAUGUCCAGAAGGCUCUACUCAUGUUAAAAAGCAUGCUUUAACUAUCAAAAUAUUCCAUCUUACUUGUCAGGAAUUCACUUAAGUGUGCCGGAAGUGCUUCCAUGCUUCCCAGCAUGCUUUGCGGAACUUGUUUUGUAAAAAGUUGCAAAGGUUAGGAGUUGAGGUGAUUGUUAUUGUGAUGUAGCAGUAGUUGGUAUGUGACGGUCCUGGCCUUAUUCCUUCCCCGAGUACCCCAUGCGCUCCACCCCCCUGCAGGAGUGGUUUGUCUUUUGGUCUUUCCCCCCCAAUCUCAGGUGUGAGCGGGUGUGAAUGCAGCACACGUCAAUGAUGCGACACCUCAAUGCAAGUCUAAACCGGAUGCUUCCACUGACGUCAGCGUCUGCUUCGUCUCUUUGAGCUUUGCCCCCCCAGCGGUUGUUUCCUGCCACUGUUGGCAUGUGCACUAAACGUUGACUCUUUUUCUUUUCACUCAGCUAAACGUUCAAGCGCUUCUUUUGUGCCAAUUCUUUCUUUUUCUGUCCUUUUGAGGCGUACGCGGAUGUGGCGUAGCCGUGAGUGAGUACAGUCAUGCCGCUGUGCUCGAUGGCACUGUUAGCUUACUGUUUGGAUCAUUUAAUAAACAUUUUGUCCAGACUUGCUUUGGUUUGUGCUU